AUGCGACAUCACUCCCUCUUUCAUAAAGAACAAGUUAGAGUUACUACUCCGUACGGAGUACUCUCUCCAUUGAAUCGCUAUUCGAGAUUCUACUGUUUCCAAUAUUUGGACAGUUAGCUCACCUUAUCUCCUCGGCUACGACAAUUCAUCUAGCUUCGGAAGUAUGUCUGAGGGGACCAAUGAAAAACUCUCCCAAUCGCGUACUAUCCACGACAAUUCCCCAGGAUCAGUGCUUAUAAGUUUAGCUGAACGAAGGCCCGAACGAUAUCACCAGAACCCGUUACUCGGCCAUGAGAAGAGACUCGUUCACCAGAUCUGCGCCACAGAACAGCCUUGGUCAACGGAAUUCUCGAAUGACUGUUUUGAUGUGGUUUCGAUCGCUGUGAAAAAGCGCGAUUGGGAGUUGAUUGAAAUCAUACUCAGCUAUGAUACGUCGAAAUGCCUCCUUUCUCGCGAACCCAAUAUUCUAUAUUUACUCCUUACGGGUCAUCCGGCCCCCUUUAUAGGGCCAGUAUCAGAUGAAGACCUGGAUCGCGUUCGACGUCUUAUCCUUCAUGGCACAGAGGCCAACUACGAAGAUUCAAACGGCAAUUCUUUACUGUGCUUCUGCUUGACGAUGUCGUGCCAUCGGGUUCUCCGGCUUCUUGUAGCAUCAGGGGCAGACCCUUAUACCUUGCAUCGAACUAUCGAGGAUUCACCACAGAAUCCGUCUUUGCAUGUCAAUUUGCUUCAGAGAUAUCUAGACCAGUCUUUAAAGUGGCUAUCUAAUCUGGACACAAGUUUUUGGAUGCGGAGGCGUGAUAAAGAUGAAGAAGAUAUUUGGGGAGACAUGAUGGUGACUCUCCUAAACUAUGGACUAGAGGUUGACUGCACUGGCCGCAAUACCAAUAUUCUGGUCCAGAUGCUUUGUGUAGCGUGCUCCCAAGAGAACACUCAACUCAUUCAGAUGCUCAUCGGCAUUGGCGUAGAUGUCAAAUCGACCUCGCAGACUGAGAUUGCCUCAUUCAGGCUUGCAUCGCCUCUUCAUGCAGCUGCUAUUACUGGGAGAAAGAAAUCUGCAACUAUUCUGAUUAGCUGCGGAGCCAAUGUGCGAUGUAAAGCUUAUCAUACGAAUGAUCAAAUCGGACGGCAAUAUUCUCCCAUCGAAGCUUGCUUGGCCGUCCAUAUCGACGCCCGCCAACCAAUUGACAUCGAAUGUGCCGAAGUAUGUACACUACUUGUUGAAGCGGGGGCAAGCAACGACGACGCUACGUCCUUACUUCGGCAGUGUAUUCGGCAUGGCUAUCUGGAUAGCGUUGCGCAUCUGAUAGACUUAGGUGUCCGUGUCGAUGAAAUGCCAGAGAUGCCCCUUGGCCCCCCCUACGACGAUGUUAUCAAGUAUCUGGUGGAGAGCGGUAUUCCCUACGACCCAGUCGAUCAGUGUAUAAGAGCCUUUAACUCCGAGGAUCUCGAAUGGAUUAAACGCUUAAUGCACCAACACGGCACUGGCCUGAUUACUACUAAUUUGCCGCGCCUCCAAGACUUCAUUUAUGGUCCCUCAGCAGCUUCACCUUCCAAUCUCGAUUAUCUGGUUUCUCAACAUGGAUUCGACGUCAACAAAACGUUUCCAGUCAUAGGGCCUGGAUCUUAUGAGAUCACCAAUUUACUCGUUUGCGCCUGUAAGAGUGCAAUACCUCCUCGCGUCCAAAUGUUACUUCGUCUCGGGGCUGCUAUUGAUUGUCCUGGUACAUCACAUACCGCGUUUGGCUUCCUAGGCAAAGGAAGACACCUUAACGUGCGAUUUGAUUCCCGUGAGCUAGACAUUUUCAAGAUGUUCGUUUCCGUGCAUGAUCCGUCCGAGCCGGCGACUGACAUGAGAGAAAUCAUGCGUCGAUUGAUUGCAUUGGAAACAUCCAAGGAACCGAGGAACAUGGAGACUCAAAUUGGAAUGGAGAAAGCUUACGAAGGCAACCUUGGACGGCUGAGAAGAGUGGAUCAUGCUCCCACGCCUGAACGUGACUGCGCGAUCUACGCCAGUGGGCCUCAUAUUGACUUUCCACAUCCUCAAACCACAAAGAGAUUUCAACAUUCCGUCCUGUCUGGUCUACAGUCAAUGCGGCUCGUAAAUAUCCACCCCGCCAAGGCACCUCUUGAUCCGAUAUUUUGCGACAUGAUCCACACAAAUUUAUACGGACAGCCCAAAUUCAAUGUUUUGUCUUUUGAUAGAAUUAGUGAAGGGGAUCGUCAAGUUCCAGUUCAUAUCAACGAUGGCUAUAAAAUGGUGUCUGAAGUGCUAUGGUGUGCACUCAGUCGCGUCCGUGAAGUUGACCAGCCGGUUGUCAUCUACAUGCAAGAGUUAUGUGUCGACGAGACCAACAUUUUGGAAAGAAACCAUCAGAAGAAUAUGCUUCGGUCAAUCUACAGCGAAGCAGCUCAACUUUGUGUUUACCUUGGGAAAAUAUCAGAUCCCAAAAAAGAAGAGGAGAAAGAGGUUCGAUACGAUUCCGAAGAUGAUCCCGAGUAUGAUUCCGAAGACGAAAUCGGAAGGUACGUAGACGGGUAUUACGGGGAUGACCCAGACGCAUUCCCAGAAUCAGAAUCAGAUGACAAUGAACAUGAUUAUCCAGACGCAGGAGAAAACGUAGACGAGGAUAUUAUCAAUCAACCUUGGUUCUAUCGGCCGAGAAGCUAUCUCGAGUUCCAGACCAUCAAGUCAAUGAUUUACUAUCAUGGCAAUGAUGAGAUCAACUUCGACCCAUACGAUGUUCAAGAACCGUUUCAAAGAGAACUGCCUGUCUUCUGGGACACUUUACAAUCAUUAUUGGCUGACACAUUCUUUGAUGUCGACUAUGUUGUGAACGGAGAUAUGCACAUGAGGUCCGCCGACAUUCGCGAGGACAUAUUUGAUAUACUCAUUCUGCUUGACGAAAACUCAGUCGAGAUUGAUUACUCGUUGCCUACUUCGUUCCUUCUCAAAGAAUUCACCAAAGUGCUCUUCCAGAGGCAACAAUUACUGUUGCCUUUGUAUAAGACGCACGCAGUUGUGACACACUCCAUGGCAGCCCAGCCUUCAUGGAUACCAAAUUACCGCUUGAUGGGACAUGAUAAUAAGGAGGACACUAGCUAUAAUGGUCACCGCGGCGACGUUUCGGAUUGUUCUCGACUUAGGUUCGAAGGCGAUGAUAUGAUUAUCGACGGGUUGCUCCUGGGAAAGAUCGAGGAAGUUGGUUCCGUUUUGCAAAUUCAGCCAGGCAACAUCGAGAUUGCUGAAACCUCAAGAUCAUGGGAGUCCGUAGCAGUCAACGCAAAACUCAAUGGGUCAGUCAAACAUCUCGCCAACAUGUUUUUUGCCGCUAUAGAGGCAAACAUCUGUGACGAAGUAUGUUUCAGACCCUCUCCAGGCAACCGAAUACUCCGAGAGGAAAGCAGCACGUGCGAAUAUGCACUGGAGCAAGUAGCCUGGUACAAGAAGUUUGGAACGGGAAUUUUGAAGGAAUUGGAUCCGGAUUUCUUCUCUGCGGUUGAAGUGUACAGCGACUGGAUUAAAGAAACAGCGGAUCCAAUGAUCUUUGACGAAAUUUUCAAAAUUGUUGGGGUCGGAAACCGGUUCUUCAGAACUGAUCAUGGUAUCAUGGGUCUUGCAUGUGCCGAAGCACAGAAAGAUGAUGAAAUUGCAUUCCUUACUGGGUCGAAAUAUCCAUUCAUCGUCAGGAGAGCACCUUCGGAAAAAGGGGAGAUGAAAUACAGAAUUGUCGGAAAUUGUUAUGGGCCUAUGGAUAUAAUCACAUGGGAGAGCAAGAAAGGUCUCAAGGCUCCUGACCCACCACAAUAUCAGGAAUUUAUUAUCUGUUGAAAGCGUUGGAAGCAUGGAGAAAAUACUGGUGUAUGGAGAAUAUCCCAAUCGUUAGAGCAUUUGCCAGUUCAAUAUGUACCAAGUAAACAA